UAUAAAUCUGAGGAGGGUGAGCUGUUGCGUCGCAUACUCCAAGCAGACGCCAACCAGCGCUUGCGAUAGCUUUUAUGACAUAACCAUAUAGUCUUGUUAGCUAAAGUUUCAAGAUAAGACUCUACACUUGAGCUGCGUAUCGCGAGGCUCUAGUCAACAACAUGAAGACAUACGUUCUGGUCACGCUGAUGCUAUGGGCUGUACUCACCAUUGGUAAAACAAAAUCCUGGAAGUUUCCAUCAAUGUUUAAUCCUUGGAAAAGUCAGAGCAGUCUUACCAAACCACAGUUUACACCAGCCCACAGGACAUCUUCAAUCUUCAAACCGAAGACAUCGCUGCCAUCGAGAAAUAUUUUUCAAAGCUCCACGGCAACCAAGGGAAAUAGCGCCCAAAACGUCAGAAGCAACAUCUUUGUCAAACCAAUGCCUAAAACUAUAACUAUCUUAAGACCAACGCCCGCUAGAAGUAUUUUCAUCCAAAAACCGACAAUAGCACCGCAAAAAAACUUGAACACAGGCUUCAGCAAAGACAAGACCAGCCUAAAUGUGGCCAAAAGUUCCAGAUCGCCCUCGAAUAAUGUGGCCCCUAGAGCAACAUCAUCCACAAGACCUAAAGCUCCAAUAAAAAACGUGGCCAUUAGUACCGAUGAUCACACACAAAACUUGGCCACCAGCCCCAGACCUAACACACGAAACUCGGCCACCAACCCCAGACCGACGCAAAGAUUGGCCACCAGCCCCAGACCUACCUCGCGAAACUUGGCCACCAGCCCUAGGCCUACCACACGAAUCUUGGCCACCAGCCCUAGACCUAACACACGAAACUCGGCCACCAACCCCAGACCGACGCAAAGAUUGGCCACCAGCCCCAGACCUACCUCGCGAAACUUGGCCACCAACCCGAGACCGACGCAAAGAUUGGCCACCAGUCCCAAACCUACUUCACGAAACUUGGCCACCAGCCCUAGACCUACCACACGAAACUUGGCCACCAGCCCUAGACCUACAAUACGAAACUUGGCCACCAGCCCUAGACCUACAAUACGAAACUUGGCCACCAGCCCAAGACCUACCACACGAAACUUGGCCACUAGCCCUAGACCUACCACACGAAACUUGGCCACCAGCCCUAGACCUUCGACGCAAGACUUGGCCAUUAGCCCUAGACCAACCUCGCGAAACUUGGCCACCAGCCCUAGACCUACCACACGAAACUUGGCCACCAGCCCUAGACCUACAAUACGAAACUUGGCCACCAGUCCCAAACCUACUUCACGAAACUUGGCCACCAGCCCUAGACCUUCGACGCAAAGCUUGGCCACCAGUCCCAAACCUACUUCACGAAACUUGGCCACCAGCCCCAGACCCACAACACAAAGCCCAGCUCAAAUCUCGACGGUAGCUCAAAAUCCUAGUGGGAUUAAAAACAAGAUAAAGCGGGUAUUCAAAAAGUUACCUUUAGGUUUCAUGACAGAAUGUGGUCAACAUUUGACACUGUGUCUAAUGAGUUUCGGCAUCAACAGAGCUAUUAACAAAGGAGAAAAUAAAAAUACCUACUGCGAUGACUUGGGUAAAGCUACUGAAUGUGCUGUCGGGAUGUGCUUAAGGAUAAACCCAUAUCUGGCUGAGAGCUUUGUUGGUUUCAUUAGAAGUCAAAUGGAAAAAUAUCAACACACAUGCACUAAUACAACACAUGAAACUAAGUCACCAGAUGAAACUUAUUCACUCGAUGAAACUAAUUCACCCGAUGAAACUGAUUCCCCCGAUGAAACUAAUUCACCAGAUGAAACUAAUUCACCCGAUGAAACUAAUUCACCAGAUGAAACUAAUUCACCAGAUGAAACAAAUUCACCAGAUGAAACUAAUUCACCUGAUGAAACUAAUUCACCCGAUGAAACUAAUUCACCAGAUGAAACUAAUACACCAGAUGAAACUAAUUCACCAGAUGAAACUAAUUCCCCAGAUGAAACUAAUACACCAGAUGAAACUAAUUCACCUGAUGAAACUAAUUCACCAGAUGAAACUAAUUCACCAGAUGAAACUAAUUCACCAGAUGAAACUAAUACACCAGAUGAAACUAAUACACCUGAUGAAACUAAUUCACCAGAUGAAACUAAUUCACCAGAUGAAACUAAUUCACCAGAUGAAACUAAUACACCAGAUGAAACUAAUACACCAGAUGAAACUAAUUCACCAGAUGAAACUAAUACACCAGAUGAAACUAAUUCACCAGAUGAAACUAAUACACCAGAUGAAACUUAUUCACCAGAUGAAACUAAUACACCAGAUGAAACUAAUUCACCUGAUGAAACUAAUUCACCAGAUGAAACUAAUUCACCAGAUGAAACUAAUUCACCAGAUGAAACUAAUUCACCAGAUGAAACUAAUUCACCAGAUGAAACUAAUUCACCAGAUGAAACUAAUUCACCAGAUGAAUCUAAUUCACCAGAUGAAACUAAUUCACAAGAUGAAAGUAAUUCACCUGACGUAACUAAUACACCAGAUGAAACUAAUUCACCAGAUGAAACUAAUUCACCAGAUGAAACUAAUACACCAGCUAAAACUAAUUUACCAGGUGAAACUAAUCCAACAGAUGAAAUUAAUCCAACAGAUGAAAUUAAUUCACCAAAUGAAACUAAUUCACAAGAUGAAACUAAUUCACCAGAUGAAACUAAUUCACCAGAUGAAACUAAUUCACAAGAAGUAACUAUUCCACAUUUGAUGAAAUUAAUUCGAAUGAUGAAACAACAAAUUCACCAGAUGAAACUAAUCCACAAAUGAAAUGAAUCCACAGGAGGAAACUAAAUGAAACUAAUCAACAAGAUGAAACUUAUCCACAAAAUAAAACUCAUUCAUCAGAUUAAAUUAAUCCGAAAGAAAAAAAAAAACUGAGAUAAAAGAUUAUGCAUUUGGAUGAUAUUAAUCCCCUAGGUUGAAUUCAGUCAACUGACCCAAUUGUAAAAUAUUUUGUCCAAAAUUGUUUUGGGUUUUAUUUUAUUUUGUAAAAUUAAACUCAAUCCUUAUCAAAAACACAUUGUAGUACCUUAAUCUUGUAACAAGUAAAAAUCUGGUUUGUUAUCGAUGCAGACUGUAUGCAUGUGCAGUUGCAUUUUACUACGAAUAUCAGUAAAUUUUAGCAG